AUGAAACCAGCGAACGAAACCGACCGGGAACUGGAACCGUACCUGCAGCCCACGUGGUUCGUCGAUAGUGAUCAUCCCGCCAUCGUGGACUACGCCCAGAGGGCAUUGGGCGAUGCAGAAAGCGAAAUCGAUCGGGCAUGUCGACUGUUUUACGCAGUUCGCGACGACAUUCGCUACACAGCCUAUGGAAUCGACAUGGAUCGGGAGGGUUUUCGUGCCAGUCAUGUGUUGGCCAGUGGUCGGGGUUGGUGUGUGAAUAAGUCGUGCCUGCUCGCCGCCACUUGUCGGGCCGUGGGGAUUCCGUGCCGCAUGGGGUACGCCGAUGUGCGAAAUCACCUGGCCACCGAGAAACUGCUGGAAUACAUCGGCACCGACAUCUUCUACUACCACGGCUACAACGAACUAUAUCUGGAAGGAAAGUGGGUCAAAGCCACUGUGGCGUUCAAUCGCCGGCUGUGCGAAAAAGCCCGGUUACUUCCGCUCGAUUUCGAUGGACGCCACGACUCGCUCUACCACCCCUUCGAUCUCGAAGGCCGGAAACACAUGGAGUACCUCAACGAUCGGGGCACUUACGUCGAUGUGCCGUAUGACGAUAUCCUGAAGAAGUUCGCUACAGCUUACUCGCACUUCCUUACCGAGGCCCAACACGGUCGGGCCCUGGCAGGCGACUUUGAGGCGGAGAUCGAAGCCGAGGCCACCCGUCGAGCGGAGGAGCUACUACGACAACCUAUGAGCUUUGCCACCACCGACCUUUGUGACGAACACGGCGACAAGAUCCAGAUCGCCGAGCCCAUCUUCAAACGCUUUGGCGGUCGUGAAGCGUUUUGCGGGCCCAUCCGCACGUUGAAACUGCACGAAGACAAUACCCUGGUCCGUGCCGAACUCGAAAAGCCUGGCGAAGGACACGUGCUGGUGGUCGAUGGCGGCGGAUCACGCCGAUGUGCCCUGUUGGGCGACCGGCUGGCCGAGCUGGCGAUCGACAAUGGCUGGAACGGCGUAGUCGUCUUCGGCUGCGUGCGGGACACCAAAGAGUUGGCCGACAUGAACUUGGGCAUCCUAGCCUUGGCAGCCCAUCCCCGGCGAAGCGAAAAACGCGGCGAGGGGCAGCGGGACAUCCCCGUGACGAUGGCCGGGAUCAACUUCGUGCCCGGUGCCUAUCUGUAUGCCGACGGUGAUGGGCUGAUCGUGGCCGAAGAAAAGUUGGACUGA